AUCAAUAAAAUGCAAAAUAUAAACUAAAAAACAGAUUUGUCUAUUGGAAAAGUGCAAUCCGAUUUCAAUUAUUAGAAAUAAUUGAUUAUCUUAACAGAGUUUUGUACACUGUAACUGAACAGCGUUUUAAUAUAUUUUUGGACAGCAGUAGGGCAAAAUAAGAGCAAAUCAAAAAAACUCUAUAACUACUUAAUAAACAACAUGAAUGUUGAUACAAUGGAUUUGAUGGAAGACGACGCUAUAGAGGCUACUGAUAAUGAAGAUGAUGAUGAUAGUCCCAGUAGUACAGGGAGCAAUUAUGAAGAAACUCCAAACCUAAUGGAUGUAGCUAUGGAAAAUGAAGUUACAGCACAAUUGGUGGCUGCAGGUGUUGUUGGCGUAGCAGCUGCUGCUGCUAUCACUUCUUCAAAAAAGAAGAAAAGACCGCACUCCUUUGAGACGAACCCUUCCAUUAGAAAGAGACAACAAAACCGUCUUCUUAGAAAACUAAGGCAAACAAUUUAUGAGUAUGCCACACGAGUUGGACAACAAGCGGUUGUUUUAGUUGCCACACCUGGUAAACCAAACAAUAUCUACAAAGUAUUUGGAGCCAAACCAUUGGAAGACGUAAUGAAAAAUCUUCGAAAUAUUGUAAUGGAAGAAUUAGAAACAGCAUUAGCUCAACAAGCACCUCCAAGAGUUCAGGAGGAUCCGUCAUUAUUUGAAUUACCACCAUUGAUAAUAGAUGGAAUACCAACUCCUGUUGAAAAAAUGACCCAGGCACAAUUGAGAGCUUUCAUACCAUUAAUGUUGAAAUAUUCUACGGGAAGAGGUAAACCUGGAUGGGGUCGUGAUUCAACUCGGCCACCGUGGUGGCCGAAAGAGUUGCCAUGGGCAAAUGUGAGAAUGGAUGCUCGAACAGAAGAAGAAAAACAAAAGAUAAGUUGGACACAUGCAUUACGAAAAAUCGUAUUGAAUUGCUACAAAUAUCACGGAAGAGAAGACUUAUUACCGGCAUUUUCGGAAGAAGACGAAAAAGCUAAUGCAAUCGCAAUAGCAAAUUCAAAUGUUAGUAUAUAUAAUAUAAACAAAGGUAAUAGUUUGCAAACAAAUAUUAACAACUCACAUCACAACGAAAAUAAUGUUGGAGUAAUCAGUUCUAACGUACAAAAAGUUCAGACCUCCACUACGCAAGAUACGAUUGGAAACACUCAAGUUUGUAUAGACUCGCUCGGAUUAAGUGAAGUAGAUUAUACUCAAACUGUUUUGCAAACUAUACAAAAUGCAGAUGGAACGGUAUCAAUAAUACAAGUUGAUCCCAACAACCCUAUCAUUACUUUAUCUGAUGGUACCACUGCUCAAGUACAAGGAGUUGCGACAAUUCAUUCCCAAAAUGACAAUAUACAUAAUGUACAAACUAUUGGAGAUGGGAACAGCACGGAAAACGUAACUGUAGAUUUAAGCGAAGCAACUCUUACGCAGGAUGGUCAAUUAAUUAUAACAGGAGACGAUGGUUACCCAAUGGCAGUAUCAAAUAUGAUAACGUUACCUGUAUCUGCUCAAGUCUACCAAACAGUUGUGGCCAACAUUCAACAUAUACAAUCCAAUGCUGAUGGAACUUUGUGUAUACCUAUGCAGAUUGAAAACAGCGAUGCCACGAUGGAAACCAUCACAGUCCCUAAUGGAAUGCAUCAAAUGAUGAUUCAGGGUUCAAAUGGUGAGCCUCAAGUGCUACAAGUACUGAGCCUCAAAGAUGCAUCAACAUUAUCCAAAGCUAUGGCUGCUAUGAACGAAGUCAAAUCUGAUGAUCAGUCAAUAUUGGACAGUUAAAUUUAUUUUUCAAUACAGUAAAAAAAUACGUUAUGGUAUAGAAAAUAGUUAAUAGGAUAUUUUGUAAUAUUUAGUACCUUUUUUUAUAAGUUUCACACACUUGGUUUGUAAAAAAGCCUCUUCAAAAGAUUUGGUUUCUUCUUUACUUAACGUUUAGUGCAAUUC